UUAGAAAUGGAGCAGUACAUAGGAUGUGAGAUUUCUAAAGUGCCUUUAUCUAAUAUUGCUCAGAGGAUUAUGACAGCUUUGCAGUCUAUUCCUGUAGAAGCUCAGACUAACAGAGAAAAUAACCAGAGUAUAGAGAAGACAAAGGAAAAUAAACUAGGUGAUAAGGAUGCACAUCUGAGAAAUGAAAAGGAGGAUUGUGAUUCCAGAAUUGCCACAUUAAAAGCAACUAUCAGCCCUGAAAAAACUGCUGGUCAGAUAGUCAGGACAGUGCAUAUGGAUAAAAUACUUGGCUGUCAAGAUACCAAAAUAUUGAGCUGUUCCCAGGAUUCAGGCUUCCCAAAAUGGGGAUAUAGAGCAAGGAGUCUUUCAGUAGAAGAAAAAACCCUGAAGGAAGGGGAAAACAAAGUAGUUAUUCCUCUUAAAAGAAAGCAAAAUGUGUCUACAUCUUGUUCAGAGAAAACAAGAAGAUUGCAUGCAAAUACCUGCAUGUUCCCGCAUGAAAGAAGAUACAGCUGCGCUCCUGGACAAACAAAGUCUUCUGGAAAGUAUCCUUGUGAUAUCAGCAGUUUAGGAUGUGAAGAAAAAAGCAAACUCCUUGCAACUAUGGAGCAGGCAGCAGCUUUUAUCACUAGUAUGAUAUUUCAAGAUGGUUCUUCACAGCUCAGCUCGGAGCAGGCCUCUACCUCAUCAGUAAAAGGAGUUGUUGUGCUGGUGAAGAAUCAGACUGAUCAGCCUUGUCCUCCAGGUCACACUUCAACUGGCUACACUUGGAAUGCUGCAAAUGAAAAUGAUAAAUUAAUUUAUUUAAAAACUGAACAGUCAUCUCUCUGGGAACGGGAACAAGAACAAGCUCACAAGAAGUUUUCUUGGCAAGUGUUGUUUCAAAUGCUGCAGUGCAAAGUUCCAAUAAUUUGCUUCAAUGCAAAAGAUUUCCUGAGGACUCUGCUUCAAAUUUAUGGUAAUGAAAUCAGCUGGAAACAAGUUGCCAAUAGUGUCGUGUUAGAUCCAAGGAUUGCAGCAUGGCUGAUAAACCCCAGUGACACAGUUCCUUCCUUUGAGUGUUUGAUACAGAAGUAUUUUGAAAGGCCUUUAUCGAAGGGAGCAGAAAAUACAGAUACAGGCACUUUGAGAAAUGUAUCUUAUCAAAACUUAGGUGUGAACUUGGAGAAGCUUUAUAACAUAAUGAUGGACCUUACUCAUGGCUUAAAGGCUCAAGGUUUGUGGAACUUAUUUUGCACAUUAGAGCUUCCACUUAUCAAAAUUCUGGCAGUGAUGGAAACACACAAAAUAUAUGUGGACAAACAAGAACUGAAAAAAACAUCAGAGAUUCUAGGGCUGCGGCUCAAAGAGCUUGAACAGGAGGCUCAUGAGGCUGCUGGAGAACGAUUCCUUUUGACCAGCAGCUGUCAGCUCCGAGAGGUACUAUUUGAUAAGUUAAAGCUCCAUACGCUGUGUGAGAAACUUCACAGAACUGAAAUACAACAGCUUGUAUCCACCUCAGAAGUUGUGCUAAAUAAAUUGCAAGAUCUUCAUCCUUUGCCUAAGAUAAUUUUAGAAUACCGCCAGGUUCAUAAGAUGAAAUCAACUUAUGUGGAUGGACUACGAACAUGCAUGAAAAAGGGAUUCAUUUCCUCCACUUGGAAUCAAACAGGAACUGUGACUGGCAGACUUUCAGCCAAACAUCCUAACAUCCAAGGUAUCUCUAAACAUCCAGUUACAAUUACAAAGAAACAGUACAUAAAAGGAAAAGAAGAGGACAUAAUAACUAUUUCCCCAAGAACAUUGUUUGUUUCAAAAAAAGGAUGUACAUUUUUAGCAGCAGACUUUUCCCAUAUUGAGUUAAGGAUCCUUGCUGACUUAUCAUCUGAGCCAGAACUUCUGAAACUGUUCCAAGAACCUGAAAUCACUGAUAUCUUUGCUACACUGGCUUCUCAGUGGAAAGGGAUUCCAAUUGAACAAGUGAAACAUGCUGAUAGAGAGCAAGCAAAGCGUAUCGUUUACUCUGUGGUUUAUGGAGCAGGUAAAGAACGUCUCGCUGACUGCUUGGGAAUUACUCCUGUUCAAGCCAGUCAAUUUAUAGAGAGUUUUAUGCAAAAAUACAAGAAAGUACAUGAAUUUACAAAGAAAACCAUUGAGCAGUGCCGGAAUAAAGGUUACGUGGUUUCCAUCAUGGGGCGCAAAAGGCCGCUGGCCAACAUCAACGCACAGGAUUACAAGCUACGCACUCAAGCAGAGAGGCAGGCUGUAAAUUUUGUUGUUCAAGGCUCUGCAGCUGAUCUUUGUAAAAUGGCUAUGGUGAAGAUUUUUGCCUCUGUUGUCAUUUCUCCAACUUUAACAGCCAGGUUAAUUGCCCAGAUCCAUGACGAAUUGUUGUUUGAAGUAGAAGAUUCUCAGAUCCAGGAAUUCUCAGCACUGGUAAAAAGAAUAAUGGAGUCUCUGCAGGAGAGCACAGCCUUGGAAGUGCCACUGAAGGUUCCCUUGAAAGUGAUUCUCACCACUGGGAAAUCAUGGGGGUGUAUGACAGAAUUGCAGGAGAUGUAAAGCAGUCAUUGGGGAUGUUAUUCAGUACCCAAACACCUCAUUGGCCUGUGCUGAUUCCUCGCUGAAUCACUAGGCAACAGCGCUGCUGGAUCUUUCAUAAGCACCUAAUACUCUGCAUGUGAAUUUUUUUACUUCAUUUUGUCUGUAGCCCUAGGCAACAGCAGUGAGAUAAAACUGGUUUUUACCAGUUCAUUGUGUUUCCUUUAGCCAAGGUAUCCAGCGGGGAGCUGCUUUUGUUCACAGCUAAAUUACUACAUGUAAGAAAUGAAACAAGACAGUAUUAACCCUUUGGGAGCGUCACAAAUAUAUUUGAGUUACACAGAUGUUUAGACGUUAAUGUUAAAUAUUUUGUGAAGUGCUUGUGUAGAAAUACUUACAAGCUGGCAGUAUUUGAACUGUGUCAGAUGCUUAACUGUUGUGUUCAGAGUAUUUUGUAUUUUGUGAGUAGAAUGUAGUGCUUGGUGUUCAUCACAAUAUUAACUGUCCCAUUCCUCAGACUUAGAAAAACAGCUAAUGAACUUUAUUUUUGUCUAGAAUUUUGGAGCAAAACAGAUAAACAAAACUGGAAGCUUAAAUGUAUUAAAAAUAAGGAGAUUUUUGUCCAUUCAAAUAAUUUCAAACUGAGUUUGCACCAUAGCCUUAGCACACUUUAGACAAAGUAUUAUAGUUUUGCCUAAUCUAUUCUUUUUUAUUACUGAUAUAAUAAUAAAUAUU